UGCAAGACAUACGUCACUAAACCCCCAAUUAUUUGUAAAAUGAGUAAUGAUUGUGGUGGCUAUACCUAUGAUGAAGAUGCUAUUAAUGCCCGCAAAUCGGACGUUAAGAUACAUCCGGUUUUAUUGUCGCGAGUUUCUCCCCGUGAGAUGACCGGUGAGUUAGUGUCGGAUGAGGACAUAAACAGUUUGUUUGAAGCGGCCCGUUGGGCGCCCUCUCACUAUAAUCUACAGCCGUGGAGAUUCAUUUAUGCUAAACGCGGGACAGAGCACUGGCAGAAGUUUAUGGAUCUUUUAUGGCCUUUGAAUCAACAGUGGUGUCAAACUGCAAGUCAUUUGAUGGUAGUGUUGUCCAGCAAAUGGGCGGAACUAAGAGGAGAAAAACACAGAAUUCCUACAAAUAGUUACGAUGCGGGCUCUGCCUGGAUGUCAAUGGCUAUUGAAGGUGCGGCUAAAGGAUUAGUUAUUCACGGAAUCGGCGGCUUUGACUUCGACAAGGCUUAUGAAGCGGUCGGAGCCAACAAAGACACUCAUAAUGUUGAAGCUAUGAUUGUUGUCGGGAAGCGUCCAGCAAAAGCUGAUCGCAAACAAAACGAAACAAUUACUCCACGAAACCCUAUCAAUACAUUUGUCUCGGAAGGCAUCUUCAAAAAUAACGACAAAUUCUGAUCUUAUUUUUUAUAUAUAGUAUUAUAUACUGUAUAAUAUGUUUUA